AUGGCUUCGCGACUGGUGCUGGUCCUGGGCGACCUCUUCAUACCAGACCGAGCUUCAUUUAAAAAACUUCUCGCACCCGGAAAAAUUGGCCAAAUCCUCUGCCUGGGAAACAUAACCGACCGCGAAACCUACGAAUUCCUGCGCGCUAUCGCACCCGACCUACAAAUCGUAAAAGGUGACUUCGACGUUGAAGCACCCAAUCUCGCCUUAUCAAAAGUCGUCACACAUGGAAGUUUACGCAUAGGCUUUACACAUGGCCACACUAUUAUACCACCCGGCGAUGGCGAUAGUUUGCUAAUAGCGGCACGGCAGAUGGAUGUCGAUGUCUUGCUAUGGGGCGGCACACACAAGUUCGAGGCGUAUGAGAUGGAGGGCAAGUUCUUUGUCAACCCAGGGAGUGCGACAGGUGCUAUGUGCACGGGGUGGUGGACUGAGGAUGAGGAUCCCACGCCAAGUUUUGUGUUGAUGGAUGUCCAAGGCGAUGUUCUCGUACUGUACGUGUACCAACUACGCAAAGACGCCGAGGGCAACGAAAAUGUCGCAGUAGAGAAGGUAUCAUUCCGAAAGAACGGCGGCGGCGCAUCAUAG